UUUCAGGGUUCUAUUGUAGCUAUUAAAGCAUUACAUGGAAGAUCUAUAAAACUAACAACUGAUAUGACAGAAGAUUUAAAUACAAUUAAAGAGUUGGAACAUGAUAAUUUGAAUGUGUUUGUUGGAGCUAAACUAGAUAAUAGUACUGGUUUUAUUCUGUAUAAAUAUUGUGCUAAAGGAAGUUUACAUGAUGUAUUAGAAAAUGAGGAUAUUAAGUUAGACUGGAUGUUUAAGAUGUCUUUUGCUAUUGACAUUGCGAAGGGCAUGGAAUACCUACAUAAAUGCCCAUUAAAAUCAAAUGGUAAUUUAAAAUCCAAUAAUUGUGUGAUAGAUAGUAGAUGGGUAGUAAAAAUAACAGAUUUUGGAGCGUUAUCUACAACUGAUAGCAUAUACGGAAUCAACGAACAGGACUAUUAUGAAAAACUGUUAUGGACAUCACCAGAAUUAUUACGAUUGAACAAACGACCUAAGAAAGGCAGUCAGAAGGGAGAUGUAUUUAGUUAUUCUAUUAUUUUAUAUGAGAUAUUCCAUAGAUGUACACCUUAUUUUUACAAUAAUGAAGCAACGAAAGAUGUAAUAUUUAAAGUAAGAAAACACACGGAUCCACCAUAUCGUCCAGUAAUACCAACUGAUCACGGACUGGUUGAAGAUGCUCUUACCCUCAUGGUAUCUUGUUGGGAUGAAGAUCCCCAACUCCGUCCAGAUUUUAGAUCAAUUAGAAAAUUGCUUAUAGAUUUAAAUGGCGGUCGUAAAAUGAACAUUAUGGAUAACAUGAUACAGUUAUUAGAAGCUUAUAGUGGGAACUUGGAGAAACUUGUAGCAGAACGAACAGAAGAAGUAGCCCAAGAAAAGGCUAAAACAGAGCGACUGUUAUACCAAAUGCUUCCACAACCUGUAGCCGAUCAGUUAAAAUUAGGCAACCCUGUGAUACCCGAGUCAUUUGAAGAAGUUUCUAUCUUCUUCUCUGAUAUUGUUGGAUUUACUACAAUAGCGAGUAUAAGCGAGCCUUUGCAGGUAGUUGACUUAUUGAAUGAUCUAUAUACAACAUUUGAUGGAAUAAUAGCCAAGCACGAUGUGUAUAAGGUUGAAACGAUAGGUGACGCUUAUAUGUGCGUCAGUGGUGUACCCAAUCCAAAUGGUAAACGUCAUUCUGCUGAAAUUGCUAAUAUGGCCUUGGAUCUCAUCAGUGCAGUUCACAACUUCCGGAUAAGACAUCUUCCAGACGAAAAGUUAUUACUACGCGCUGGACUACAUACAGGAUCUUGUGCAGCGGGUGUUGUUGGUCAAAUUAUGCCCAGAUAUUGUUUGUUUGGUGAUAAUGUUAAUAUGGCUUCAAGAAUGGAAUCGAUGGGAAAAGGUUCGUAA